AUGGACCGGUUUGAGUUUGAAGUAGAAGAUUCAGUAGGGAAUUUCGUUGAUGAGUUUUCUGUUGGCCGAAAUGAAAUUCCUGAUAGUUCGGAUGAAGAGGAAGAUCCGAUUGUUCUGCGAGAUAGAAGAAUCCGAAGGAGCAGAGUUGAUAGAUUAUCUAUAGGUCAAUUGUUCUUCAAUGGUGUUAAGUUUAAAGAGGCUAUAAUUGAGUAUGCUUUAAACACAGGGAAUAAUGUGGUUCAAGGAAGAUGGGAGAAGACAAAGCUUGAAUUCAAGUGUGGUAUUGUUGGUAAGUGUAAGUGGAGGCAAAUGUGGGUGGUAAAGACGACAUAUAGAAAGCACAGUUGUACUCCGAAUGGGAGAUGCAAAAUACUCAGAAGUCCUGUUAUUGCAAGGCUUUUCAUGGACAAGCUAAGAGUAAAUCCUAAAUUCAUGCCUAAGGAAAUUCAAAAUCACAUUAAAGAUCACUGGAAGAUAGUGAGUUCUAGGGGUCAAUGCCAAAGCGCAAGGCUGCUAGCUCUGAAGUUGCUUGAGAAGGAGUAUGAAGAACAAUUUACUCACAUUCGCGGUUAUGUGGAAGAGAUUCUAUCUACUAAUCCGGGAUCAACUGCCAUUGUUGAAACUAUCCCUAACUCUGCCGGUGAAGAUGUUUUUAACCGCUUUUAUGUUUUUGCUGAACAUAGAUUUUGUGUAAAACACAUCAUUGAGAACUUGAAGAACAAGCAUCCAAAAAAAGAUUUGAUCAAACCAUUGAUAUGGCAACUAGCUUGGAGCUACAACAAGACUGAGUUUAAAGAGAACCUCAACAAGGUGAAAGAGUAUAGCAUUGAUGUCUACAAUUUAGUGAUGAAAAAACAACCCGAGAUGUGGUCAAGAGCUUUCUUUAAACUUGGAAGCAACUGUGAGGAUGUUGAUAACAACGCGACGGAAUCAUUCAACGCAUCAAUUACGAAAGCAAGAGCUAAGGCAAUGAUUCCAAUGCUGGACACAAUUAGGAGGCAAGCUAUGAAUCGAAUGGUGAAGAGGCAUAACAAAUCCAAGAAUCAUGAAGGAAUGUUUACAGAGUAUGUUGCCAAGAUUCUCGCGAAAGAGAAGAAAGAUGCAAGCAAGUGUGAAACAACUCCGGCAACUCAUGGAGUUUAUGAGGUUAUGCUUUAUGGGAAUGAUUAUUCGGUGAACACGAAGAAAAGAAAAUGUACAUGUGGUAAAUGGCAAAUCAGUGGGAUUCCAUGUGAGCAUGCCUAUGGAGCAAUGAUUGAUUACGAUAUGAAUGUUGAAAGUUAUGUAUCAGGAUUUUUCAGCACUGAUUUGUGGCGAGACAAUUACGAGCAGUCCAUACAUCCAAUGAGAGGGCCAAGAUUCUGGAUGACUUCUACGUAUCGCUUGGUAACAGCACCACCAGAGCCUAUACUACCUGGUAAGAAGAAAACAAAUAGACAUAUCCAAGGAUUAAAGGAAAACACGAGUCGCCGCAGAAAAAAACAAUAAAAGAAACACUUGGAAGGAAAGGACGUAUUGUACGUUGUUCGUCUUGCCGUGAAACUGGCCAUAAUGCAGCUGGGUGUAAGCAAUAUCCCAAGGAAAAGUCGAAGAGACAAAGAACUACUGAGGAUGUGUCAUCAUCGUCUCAAGUAGAGGUGUCAAGCGGGCCAUCGGCCCGCGGGCUUUGUCCAAGUAGCCCACGGCGGGGCGGGCUUGGAUAUCAUUUUUUAUGUCCAUAAAAUAGCGGGCCUCGCGGACAAGCC